AUGGAUGCUUCAACGAAAACGGUCGAAGUCGUCAAGAAAAAGCAUUUCGCCAUGCUAAGCGGUGAAAGAGGAGUUUGGGAGAAAUUUUACGAAUCCCCAACAUUAAAAGAGGUCGAAAAAUUCGAAUCAAAAGUCGAAAUAGUGAAGGGAUCAAAAAGGACAAAACAAUCAACGAAAACGCAGACAGCACAGCCUAAAGACAAGGCUAUACAGGUGUUCGUCUGGCGAUUAAUCCCGAUUCAAGUUGAUCGGAAAUCUGAUCGGCAAGCCGUUGAACAAUUUGUUCAAAAAUUCAAGAAAUUUGAGAAGAUUGGAGAAGAAUUUUCUGUUCCGGACGCUCUGUCGCCUAUCAGGGAUGGCGAAAAUUUCGACAUGCCAGUGAGUACCGAGGAGUGGAACAGGAACCAAAGGGAAGCCGAAAAAAAAGAAAGAGAGAGAUAUAAGGAAGAAAUCGCAAGAAAUGGAAAGGAAUGGACAGCUUGGAAGAUAGGCGAAUUUUACUGGGGGGACGAAGAAAGGGAAAACGAAAUAAUUAAGGAUGAUGAGAGACAACAAAGAAAUCAAAAAUCAAAAGAAAACCAAAACCAAAAAGAAAAAGAAGAAGACAAAGAAAACGAGAGACAAUUAGAAAGGGAACAUGAACAACGAAAAAGAAAAAGAGAGGAUGAAAGAACUGAAAUAAAGAAGGAAGCAGAUAAGAUCGAGAGAAAGCAAGAAGAGAACAACAAAAGGAAGAGGAUAAACAAUGAAAUCAAAGGAAAUGAAAGCAGUAUUAAAAUGAAGAUAGAGGCGAACAACAGAAAAAACGAAAACAUCGAACUAAAGAAAGAAGGAACAAACAUCGAGAAAGAAGAAGUGAACGUUGAGGAAAAGCAGUUAAAGAAGGAGGAUUCGAAAAAUAAAAAGGAAAAUCAAGGGAGAAAUAAGGGUCGGAAAAUUAGAGAGGAAGAUUUGAGGACCCUGGAUGGAAGAAAAUGGCUGAACGAUGAGAUCAUCAAUGGGAGGAUACUCGGCAGUCCAACGCUGGACAAAAAAAUUUAA